AUGGCCAUCCAACCACAGUACAUCAAGCGCACCACCGAGACACUCCACGAUAUCGCCGGGGAUGUAAUCGUCCUCCUCAAGCAAGCAGGCGAAACCGUCGGCGUAGCUGAGUCUCUAACCGGCGGGGGAGUCAUGGCAGCGCUCACAUCCGUCGGCGGUGCCAGCGCCGUCUUCCGCGGCGGUGUCGUCUCGUACGCGACGCCCCUCAAGCAGCAGCUGCUCAACGUCGACGCGGACCUCAUCUCCCAGCACGGCGUGAUCCACGGCGAUGUGGCCCAGCAGAUGGCCGCCGGCGCGCGCAGCAUUACGGCGAUCGAGGAUCCAGCCACCUGGGGCAUUGGCACGACGGGGGUGGCUGGUCCCGGAACUCAGGAUGGGAAGCCCGUUGGGAUGGUCUUCAUCGGCAUUGCUUCGCCUGAGAGGAGCUGGAACUUGGGGCCGUUUUAUUUCCCGGGUGAUCGUGAUCAAGUCCGUCAGGCUACGAUUUCUGAAGCCCUGGCGCAGUUUAGAGAAAUUCUCAGGUCCAGAAUUGUCUAA